AAGGAGCUUAUAAUCAGUGUUGAAUUCAAGCCGGAGUCUCCCAAUGGUCUUCUGCUGUUCAGCUCAGAAUCCUCCGAUGUCUGCACCCACUUCUUCUCUGUGGUGUUGGAAGAUGGCUUUGUUGUGUACAGGUUUGGCUGCGGGACAAACGUGGCUGUAUUGAAAUCCUCCGUCCGAGUGAUUUUAGCUGCCAGGAAUAAGCUGGUAGUUGCCAGGCUGGACACAAGAGGCUCUUUGCAGCUGAAUGCUGACCAGCAGGUGGAGGGUCACUAUCAGGGAGAAUAUAAGAGACUAUCUCCUAGUCUUCUUGUUUACCUUGGGGGCCACAGUGACAUGGCUGCAGUCUUCAGUCAUGUGGCCACAAAACACAAGUUUGUUGGUUGCAUUCAGGGGAUAGCAGUCAGUGGAAAUGUCAUUGACUUUAGGAGGAAGCUACAGUCAGGGGAGCUGAAGCUUGGAGCCAAUGUUGGUGAGUGCAGCGAGCAUGUUUGUGAUGGAGUCACUUGUCUCAAUGGUGGAACCUGCGCAGUCAAAUCAGCAGACCAGCAUGUCUGCCUCUGUCCGCUGGGUUUCCAUGGAGACAGUUGUCAAGAAGAUUCUCCCGUGCACAUCCCAUACUUCUCAGGCCACUCUUAUCUGGAAUUUCCUGGACUGGAGAGGUCUGUGCUUUCCUACACAGAAAUUGUGAUUGUCUUUAAACCAACUAGCGAAGAUGGCACCUUGCUCUACAAUGGCUACUCCAGGGGCACAGAUGGCGACUUUAUCUCAUUGUCCAUGCAAGGUGGGCACUUGGAGUUCAGAUUUGACUUGGGCACUGGCCCUGCUGUUAUCAGAAGCAGUGAACCACUGGUCAUGAAUGUGUGGCAUCUGGUGCGAGCUUCUCGUACUGGCUUAAUGGGCACCUUAGAUGUUGAUGGCCAGGUACAGAGGACGGGCCAGGCAGAAGGAGCUUACACCCAGCUGACUUUGUUAGAUGGACUCUUUCUGGGAGGACAUCCACAUUAUGAACACACUUCUAGACAUGCAAAUUUAACCAAGUCCUUUACAGGCUGUCUGCAGAAGGUGGCCAUCAACAAGCAGGUCAUCAAUCUGCUGAGCGGGGCGGUCACAGGUGUUAACGUAGAACCCUGUUCACACCCAUGUACAGGCAGGCCUUGCAUGAAUGGUGGAGAUUGUAAACCACAUUUGGACACAUACAUGUGUUCUUGUCCUAUUGGAUUUGGAAAUACUAACUGUGAAGAAGUUCAAGAAUAUCUUCCCAACAAGCCAAUGUUUAAAGGACAGAGUUACCUUGUGUACAAGGACAAAGAGAUAACCAAAAGAGUGGCUGGCAGUCGUAUGGAUUUACAAGUCUACAUUCGUCCUCGUGGGCGUGAUGGACUUCUGUUCUGGAGUGGAGAAGACCAAAACAGUAAAUCGUCUAAAGACUACAUUGCUUUAGGUUUCUAUGGUGGAAGUUUGCAGCUGAGGUACAAUCUGGGCAGUGGUGAGGCCCUGAUUGGGUAUAAUGAUUCACGAUUGUUUGAUGGGAGAUGGCAUUUCAUUCGAGUUCAGAG